AUGGCACAAAUUCGAGGAACUGCGGGCUAUCACUUGGGUCCGGAUAAUAGGCCAUUUGGGGGACCCUCACACUCGGCAGCUACAUCUGACCCUUCACCCCUUGAUGCAAUUCGUGAACAGACGAGCAAAAUUGAAGACUUUCUGGAUACCAUUGCGGAACCUGUUAAACCAUAUCUACCGGCAAUUGGGCGAUUUCUCAUUGUCGUAACUUUCCUUGAGGAUGCAGUUAGGAUUGUUACACAAUGGAAUGACCAGCUCCAGUAUCUCCGUGACUAUAGACACAUACCUUGGGGCCUCACGCACACAUUUCUUUUUCUCAAUGUAGUCGCAAUGUUGGCUUGCUCUACCCUAGUUAUUGCCCGGCGUCAUUCAGAAUAUGCCGUCGGCGGUCUUCUCGCCGUUGUUGUAACCCAAGCACUGGGAUACGGUCUUAUUUUUGACCUGAACUUCUUCCUUCGCAAUCUUUCCGUCAUGGGCGGUCUCCUCAUGGUUCUUUCCGACUCAUGGAACCGUAAACGGUUCGCAUUUGCAGGUCUCCCCCAACUCGAUGAAAAGGAUCGCAAGAUGUAUUUUCAGCUUGCUGGAAGAGUCCUUCUUAUCUUUUUGUUUAUUGGGUUCGUAUUCUCUGGUGAGUGGAGUAUCACUAGAGUGAUUGUUAGUAUGCUUGGAUUUGUUGCUUGCGUCAUGGUUGUGGUUGGGUUCAAGGCAAAGCUCAGUGCUGUCUUAUUGGUUGUAAUCCUGAGCAUUUUCAACCUUUUGAUCAACAACUUCUGGACUCUUCACCCCCACCACCCGCACAGGGACUUCGCCAAAUACGAUUUUUUCCAGAUCUUGUCCAUCGUUGGCGGUCUUGUUCUUCUCGUCAACAUGGGACCUGGACAAUUCAGUGUCGACGAAAAGAAGAAGGUUUACUAG